AUGGCUACGGCUGGGACAAAUGAAGGUACAUUUGCAACAGGGUCCCUCUCGGUCGGGGGCGUGAACUUCUGGUGGACGAUCAACGCCGGCCGGUAUUGGAAUGGUAAUGGUCUGCUUCAUCAUGUUGGUACCGAUGUUCUUGCGACGAUGAUGGCGGACGCAAUCCAGACCAUGGCAGUGGAGAAUAAUUCAGGACUGUCUUGGACACUCCACAACACCGAUCCGGACGGCGAGAAUAGUUAUAUGGGCAAAAUUGCUGAGAAUCGAGUCACCGCAGAUGGGGAAGAACCUAUCCGUUUGGUUCAUGUCAAUACUGGCCCCUGCAAGGAGCCCAAGGUCUUUGGGGUCAGCAUCGGUUUGACGAGGCUUUUCGCACCACUCCUCAACAAAGCCGACGGCGGCGAUUACAUCAAAACCAUGGGCAUUAAUGUCGUGAGGGUCAACUGGUUGAUUGCGCGUACCAUGGUACUGUACUUAACAAAACCCACACGGUGGGGUCUGAUCAUGAAGCCAUAG